AUGGGAACAUCAUGGUCAAACAGGGCUGCUUUGCAGGAUUUCUAUGAUCAACAGGCGGAACAAGAAUUAGCACUGCAAAAUGUGUUAUUUGAACACCAAAGGGCUGUGCAGUUGGCAGACUCACGGGGACUCAUUGCAAGUGAAUAUUUGGCAGCAUUUUUGGCCGUAUCGUUAAUGCUGCUGAGCCAGAAAACCAAGAAACCGUAUAUUUUUGCUAUACCGGCUGUCCCAAUUUUCGUUGGCUUACUGCAUAAUUUUGAUCAGCAACGUGACAUAACUAUGGAUUACAUAAAAGAAAAAGCCGAACAAUUACGUCGUAAGAAUCGCCAUCUCUUCAAACCGAUUGGUGGCCCAAUUACUCUUGCUGAGCUGGACAGACGUAUUGAACAAGCAAAACAUCAGGAAAUGAAAGCAGUUCAACAAAAACCGAGAACAGGCUGA